AUGCAGCAAUCCGCCCUGAGUCACUUCGUUGGGUACCUCGGGGAAUCGUUCGAUGCCGAAAUAAGGCAACGUUUGGAAGAUGCUGUGGAGGCGUGCCAAGCUUCGGCGUUGUCAGUGCCGAAAUGCGCUCAACGCAUCCUCGGAGAGUUCAUGGCGCCACUAUCGAAGAGCUUCACACUGGUGGAGGUCAUGGACCCCAAGACCGCGCUAGACCGGGAGCUACAGGUGCUCUAUUCGGCAGAUCUGGCGGCGUCAUACGUGAUCCUGUUCUGCCCGCUCAAGGUGAGGCAUGAACUCUACCGAUACCUUUGGGGGCGAGGUGCGUUCCUCGACGGCAACGUCAACUGGCUGUGCUGCCCGUGGGUGCUGAACCAGGGAGCGCAUGACGCCGAGUAUCACAAGUUGGCGGUCGACUUGAAGCAGCUUUCGGAUGACGAACUGAUAGACAUCAUCAGGCUACACAAGAACUACCUCUCCACCGACUAUGUCAAACAACGUUCGAGAAAUUCACUUAAACGCCUGGACCGGCAUUCGCUGCUUUCGGUGUUCCAGUCAGUUAUGUUGCGCGUGCUUUGGGGGCACGAGGCCAUAUCGGAUGGUCCGAAGCCACGACCAAGCGACGACAUCAUAAACUCUCCGGACGACCUCGAGCGGAUGGCGCGUGAGUUUGCCGGAGAGAAGGCGCGGAAAGAGGAAAUUCGCAUGAACACCCUUGCUGGGUGGUUGGAACAUUACAGAGAUAAUACGAGGCAAAAAACGCAUGCGGAAAACCUGAAACAUAGGAAGCUGCAGCUAAGGGAGACUCAGUACCACGGUCAGAUGAGACGUUCACUCGAGGUGGUCACUAACCACCUGAAGAGGUUCAACGAAACAUUCCGCGGGGCUCCAGGAAAUAUGCCGUUCGCGCAAGCAGCGAGGAUGUAUACGUCGGAAAAGAUGCCUGGAAUCGGACAGAUUGGUGACCACGUGACCGUGGAGGGAAUAAGGCGUGCGUUUAACAUGUUGAUCGACUUCUACCGUGGUAAUUUGGCCAGUGUAUCCGACAUUUACGGGUACUUGCCAGGGAUAUCGUCUCUCAGACUGCUCAAGUUCCUGCUGUCAUAUGAAAAGCACGACCUCAUGGCGCUGCUGUCCGCCGUUCUGCUCGCUCUCCCGGAAUUCAGGCCUAUAGAAACGCAUCAGGAUUUCGCACAGUAUACCUUGCUUCCAUUCAAAACCGUUGCCAAGCUGUGCUUCGUUGCGAUUAUGCGAAUCAACCCAGAUAUCUCAAAGGUGGACGUCGGCGUCCAGCUGGAUGAUGAUGAGAUACGUUCUAACUCCCACAUAUGGGAUGAGUCGUCUGUUAGCCGAACUCCAUAUGACGAAAUUGGCAGUAGUUCCUGCGAGACCUCACCGUCUCAAUCAGAACAGUCCAUGUCGUACAGUACCUCAGCUAAGGAAUGUCAACGUGAGGAUUUCUUUGACAUUCCUGGUAACAAACCGUCAACUGCGGUAGAUGAUGAUGAUGAUGAUGGCGGUGACGAUGAAGAUGACGAUGACAACGACGAUUAUGAUGAUAGUCAAGUUGCAAUGAUCAAAGGUCACAUACAGACAAAUGGAGAGAGGGUGGAUAAUGUUGCGUCGAUGGUGUUUACAACCGAUGAGCUGAAGCCGAUCGCAAGCUACAUAGACAGUAAAAAGAGCAAAAUCGUGGAUGCAACUUUGGGCGGCGAACGCAAUAAGUGCCUAAUGCUGAACACUAGGCGUUCCAGACUUGUCACUGAGGCGAUAUUAAUGCACCUGUCAAACUACGACGCAGUUUACGAAAUACUCAAGGAUCGAGAUAUCGAAUUGCCUCCACAAGACGAAACUGACGCCACCAAAGAAGCUAUUCGAAAGUACAAGCUUGCGGUGGUCAUCAAGCGCGCUACAGACAGCGAACUCGAAGAACUAUAUGGAAAGGUCCUCGAAAGCUCAAAGAUGCACGAGGAACUUAGAAUACCGGAAGAUAUAUACAAACUUAGCUCUCAUUGUCUCCUGGACAGACUAGAAGAAAAUGUGAACGACGAUGAUGUUUAUGUGAGGUUGUGUGAACUGCUACAGCGAACGGAAGAAGAGGCAACCGCUGGCUCGCAGCAGCCGCGAACGCAGACGGAGCCUGAUUGGGGAGCGGAAAACGAAGCUACCUUCACGGAAUGCAAAUAUGACAGCGAUGGUCCGGGAUACGAUACCGAAGCGUCCGGUACAACUAUAACGGAGAGAGAGCAUUAUCUGAACCUGUUGGAAGGCGAGGACCUCGCACCGUUUCUAGACACCACAUUCUCCAGCGACUACCCCAACUUGAUGACCGACUCUGAACUAAAGAGACUGGGUGAUCAAGUCCUCAAACGCAUGGAAACGUCUGAAAAUUGUGAAAUCAUACAUUACGAUACCAGCGGUAAAGGAACGAGGCCCUUUAACCUGUAUUCGCUUCCAGUACACGUGGCGCAAACAGGCCAGCAGCAUGCAUAUAGAUCGGGUAAUGGGAGGGCCAGAUGUGGAUUUCGUUUGUUUGCGUCACGAGGCGGCAUUAAUGCUGAAACUGCCAUACCGACGGGCGUGGGUGUGGAGCACGAUGAAAAAGGAGUAGUUGAACCCAGCUACGGCGUCGGGAUAUUUCCCAAGCGGAUGCCAGACCCCAAGGCUCUCUCGUGGCAGUUCCCAGACGCGAUGCCGAAUUACAAGCUGUUGCGUAACCGCGUAUCUCAGGAUGGCGUGGAGCCACAUGUGAACCCGUGGCAACAACUGGGGCUUAAUUCGGAUGUGGCUUCCGCUGCAGUUGGCUGGAUUCGCAAAUGCCUUCUGGAUAGCGUCGGUCGUUCUGAGCAGCCUGGGUUGGAGAUACAACCCACAGAAAUCCAGAGCAUGGCCAUCAAGCACAUGUUACAGGACAGCGGAGAUGUCGCAUUGGCGUCGAACGCCGCCAGCGGCAAAACCCUAGCGUACCUACUGCCCGUAAUACAAAAACUAAAGGAACAUGAGAAGCUUAAACUCCGCCACCCGAAUGCGCCUAGGGCGCUCAUCUUAGUUCCUUCACGGGAGCUUGCCGACCAGACCCUGUCCGUUAUAAAGGGGUUAGGCCACACCGUUAAAAUCAGCAGCGAAGGAGUGGCUGGAGGGCGCUACAAGGGCCGGCAACGGGACCACAUGAAGCGCCUCGUGGACAUUGUGGUCGCUACACCGGAGCGGCUGCUGAAAAUGAUAAAGCACGUACGGUUGCACAAACUGCAGUUUCUAGUGCUAGACGAAGCCGACACCCUCCUCAACGAGGGUUUCUGGCCAGAUAUCGCAAAGGUUCUCGAUUACAUCAAGCAGCCCUACAGGCUGGUGCAGGUGGCUGCAUCGGAUAAGUACCUCCUGCAUUUCGAAAAGGUCCAACGGGCGCUUGCAAAGGUUCCGAACAUGAGGGGUGUCCAGAACAGCACCCCUGAGAGGAAUGCCAAGUACCUUGAGAGGCUUACGGGGUGCCACCAACUGGUUGACAAAGCUUGGGUGGAUCGUCCGAACCGCGGUGUGUCUCACGAGUUUCGAUAUCUCAAGGGCGAAGACAAGGCUCGCGAACUGGUUAAUCUCCUCAAAUACGACAGCGCUCGCCGUUGCUCUAAGGUCGUGGUAUUUUGCAACAGCAUCCCAAGCUGCCGUGCAGUGGAGUACAUCCUUCGGGACGCUGGGCUGCCGGCUACUAGUCUGCAUGGCAAGAUUCCCCUGAUGAGGCGCAGGCAGUACUACGAGGACUUCAACAAUAGUGCCAGCGGCAUACUCGUCUGCUCGGACCUGGCCAGCCGCGGACUCGACUUCAACGCGGAUGCCGUGAUCAUGUUCGACUUCCCCAAGAACAGCAUGGACUAUCUCAAGCGGUGCGGGCGCGUCGGCAGGAUGAUAAACAACGACGGCAUCGCCCCCAGGGGCUACGCCAUCAGCCUCGUGAAGAAGCGUGACCGCAACCUGGCUAUGGCGAUAGAGCGCAGCGUUCGCAUGCCAUUCUUCCCCAUAUCCAACCUAAGCCGCCACAAGAAGGAUUACAACCAACGCAGCGGCAGAUUACGCCACCUCACACAGGCCGGCGGCUACUUCAAGCUGGCCAAGCUCAUCCGGCAGAAAGAAAUAGAGGGCACGUAUGACUACGCGAACAUGGACCAGUACCUGGAGGAGUUCAAGACCAACGUGCGGGAGAUGUACGACAGCUCGCUUAAGAAGAUCGUGCUGCGGCGCAGGCGCAUAUGCAAGCGCAGACGCAUCCUGGUCAGGCGGCUGCGACUCAUGAAACGCUACAACCGGGCGAUUCGGCUGAAGCAGCGGAUCAUCUCAACAGCUGACCGUAACCGGCGUCUGCGGAGGUUCAGCGCCCACGCGCCCAUGAAGGACGACGACCGAAGAUGCCCGCCCUUGAAGGACCUCAAGCCCAUCAGGGCGAAAAUUCUGGCGCUCAAGAUCAUGGAAGACAAGAUGACACGGCGGCUGCUAGAGCGCAACGAUCGGCGUUUGCGCAAGUUCAUUAACAAGACGCAGCUGACAGCUCGAGCGAUGGCCAAGCCGGAGGAGGACGCCGAGGAGGCGGUGAACCGCCAGCUACCCUUCACCAUCAUCGAAAGAGCAAAGGAGAUGCUCGGGAAAAAGGUUAAGCGCAUAUGCUCGUUGCUGUAG